CGCUUGGUUGCAGAAUAUGAUGAACAACGUCAUGCGACCGUUUCUUGGGAAGUUUUCUAACGUGUACAUCAACGAUACAAUAAUUUACUCUCGGAGUGAGGAGGAGCACCCAGAGCAUCUCGCUAGUGUACUUCAAGCACUGAGGGAUGCGGAGCUCAAGAUAAAUGACAAGAAAACAUGUUGCACAGACAGCAGGAUGAAGACAGAAGCCGCCGUUGGACUACUUUUACUGCUCGUAAGGGAUUCUUUUGUAGAGGGCGAAAUGUUGAACCUUACCGCAACGGCUGAAAAAUACCUCAACAACACGGUUCGGCCGGGUUGGGAAACUUGGGGCCUCGAUGAAAAUUACGAAUACUGGUCCGGCCGCCACUACAUGAAGCCUGAGCAUCCAAUUCGAGGGACUGUAGAAGAAUUUCACCAGGACGAAAAUUGCAAACGCCCUCAAGGACUAGAAGAUAGAGUUUGCAGGGAAAGAUUUACAUGGACAUUUAAUGAUGGCAUAUGGAGUCCUUUUCAGCUCUUAGUUAACGUUACUGUUACGCACGUCGGUUUGAAGAACGAAACCUUUCUGUUGGACCUGAACAAUGCAACGUUAAUCACGAGACCACAGCGGCUGGGGUUAAACGUUAUGAGAGUGGCGUACACCCGACAUACGACAUGUUAUUUCCACGCUCAAGUUAAGUUUGACGGGUGGUUUGCAUAUAAAAUCAAGGAAAAAAGAGGAGAUGUGCCUGAUUACUACCCUGUAGGCAUCGGCGAACUAAAUGGCUGGGCAAAAGGACUGCUUGGCGAUGGUCGAUCAUCUGUUAAAAUACAAUAUGUCAGGCACAUUUCAACGCCUAUUAGUAUGUACUAAUCAAAAGAAGAAAGUGCGCAAAAUUAAGAAAGUGUCAACAACAAUGUC